AAGUGUCCAAUGAGGGUCUCUUAUGACGCGGAGUCAUGGCGCUGACAUGAGCGAAGAGAAAACAGACACACUAGCAAAGUUAGUCGUUAAAUAGAACAAUUUAUACCAAUCUGUCAAACUAUCCGAGGCGGAUAGCAACCGAAAUCGUUAAAAGUUGGAUUCGGUGAAUCCAGAGUUCUGACCAGACGUACGCCAAGAGAAAUACCAUAAGCUAUGGAGAAACCAGUUUUACAAACGCAGCUCUCUAUGCUGCCCUUCUUCGAUGCAGCCCACGCGGUCAACUUGCUCCGUGGCAUCCACGAGCUCCGUGCCGAGCGCAAGUUCUUUGAUGUCACGUUGUGCGCUGAAGGCAAAGAGUUCCACUGCCAUCGAACUGUGCUUGCAGCUGCCAGCACCUACUUCCGUGCCAUGUUUGCCGGUACACUGCGAGAGAGCGUCAUGGACCAUGUGGUGCUACACGAAGUAUCAGCUGAACUGUUGGGCCUCCUUGUGGACUUUUGCUACACGGGUCGCGUGACCGUCACACACGACAAUGUGGACCUCCUGCUCAAGACUGCGGACCUCUUCCAGUUCCCAUCUGUCAAAGAAGCGUGCUGUGCAUUCCUGGAGCAGAGACUUGAUGUUUCUAACUGCUUGGAGAUCCAGGACUUCGCAGAGGCUUAUGCAUGUCAUGAACUAGCAGCUAGCGCUCGCCGUUUCGUGCUGAGGAACAUUGUGGAGUUGGCGAAGAGCAUGGACUUUGAACGACUGUCGUGGAAACGUCUGCUGGAGUUUGUGUCUGAUGAUGGACUGUGUGUGGAUAAGGAAGAAACAGCAUACCAGAUUGCCGUGCGCUGGGUUAAAGGUGACUUGCAGCACCGGUUGCAUUACUGGCCUGAGUUGUUGCAGCAAGUACGCUUGCCGUUUGUUCGACGUUUCUAUCUUCUGGCCCACGUGGAAAGUGAUCCAAUGGUCUACCUGUCGCCAGCCUGUUUACGGUUAGUCAGCGAGGCACGCAGCCUUCAGUCUUUUGAAUAUGACCGCCAUGAUCGACCCAGUCAUCGAAUGCGCCCACGUCCGUCCACCGGCCUGGCUGAAAUUCUGGUGGUGGUAGGAGGAUGUGAUCAAGACUGUGAUGAGCUUGUUACUGUGGAUUGUUACAACCCACAGACGGGACAGUGGAGAUACUUGGCAGAAUUCCCAGACCACCUUGGUGGUGGCUACAGCAUAGCUGCCCUGGGCAAUGACAUUUACGUGACAGGCGGCUCAGAUGGAUCACGUCUGUAUGAUUGCGUUUGGCGAUACAACUCCAGUGUGAAUGAGUGGACAGAGGUCUCCCCCAUGCUUAAAGCCAGAGAGUACCACAGCUCCUGCGUCCUGAAGGGUCAACUCUAUGUGGUAGCCUCUGACAGCACAGAGCGAUACGAUCAUACUCUAGAUUGCUGGGAGGACCUUCCGCCCAUGCCACAUCCCAUGGAUAACUGUUCCACUACAUCGUGUAGGGGACAACUCUACGCCAUUGGCUGUUUAACUGGAGAGGACACAAUUGCAAUUCAGUGCUACGAUGCUGAAAGCAACCGCUGGUCACUAGUGAACAAUGGAGAACUGCCUCCUUGGUCCUUUGCCCCCAAAUCAGUGACCUUAAAUGGGUUGAUCUACUUUGUAAGAGAUGAUUCGGCAGAAGUAGAUGUCUUCAACCCACAGAAAAACAAUUGGGAUAAGAUUAGUCCCAUGACACAAGUUCAUGUUGGAGGCAGUGUAGCAGCCCUGGGCGGUCGACUCUAUGUGUCCGGUGGCUAUGACAACACUUUUGAGCUAUCUGAUGUGGUGGAGGUCUAUGACCCCUCUAUUCGAGCUUGGACCCCAGCUGGCCGACUUCCCCAGCCCACCUUCUGGCAUGGAAGUGUCAGCAUAUUCCGACAAUUCAUGCCUCUUGUUCCAAGCACCUUUGAACCUUUAGACAUACCUGAGGCCAACGCCAUCCACCUCCACAGACACCACCGCAACCAGGCACUUCACAACCACAACAACAAUGUCAAUCAGAACCACAACCAAGAUGUCAAUGAAAUGCAUUGAGA